AUGAAGCUUCAGGAAGAUUCCAUUGCACCUGAAUUGAAACAAGCCAUCUUGAGAAUGCAACAAGCAAGCGAGAAGCUACCUGGUACCCCUGUCCUCGAACCGAGCAUGUGGAUCAACACAUCGCAUCCAAAAGCGAGUAACAAUCUCCCGUUUUUGCAGGAGAUGCUUGAUCGGGUUAAGCAAGUAAGAAUCCAAUUGACUGAUUCGUUUUGGAAUACUCAACAAGGUCAAUCAAUACUUGUUCAAGUGCAUGCCGGAAAGAGGCACUAUGGAUGGACAUCAGAUAUGCCCUUACCACCGCACGGUUUACAACAAGACAUUUCACAAUCAGAGGUUCGGGCCAAUGAAGACAUUGACUCUUUCGAUGUUUCUAGUUUUGAUUAUGGUGAUUACGGUGACGGCGACGGUGGUGAUACAUCUAUCGAAGGCGACGUGCCUGCCGCAGCAGACUUGGCCAGACAAGAAAGACAGGAAAGAAUCAAAGCUACCCUGAAACAUCCUGGUGCUUUGUUUGCUAGUGCAUCCCCACUGUUUGGGGAAAUACUCAAACGCACAAGGACUUCCCAGAGGUAG